GAACCCAAAAACCCUUGUCCUUCAUCAGACCUCUCCCUGUCUCUUCCUGGGUCGCUGCAGCAAAAGCUGAGAAACGACAAUGGCGGCUGCAAAGGCUUUGGGAAUUGUUCUUCCGACCGUAUUAUCUCUGCCUUAUUCGGACCGUCGCGGCGGAGCUAGGGUCUCACUCGUCCGAUGCUCCGCCUCUCCUCUCACCUCCGCCGGAGCCCCCUCCGUAGGUCUGGUGGAGAAACCUUGGAGUUCAUACAACGCCAGACUUGUGUUAGAAGACGGUUCCAUCUGGUGGGCUAAGUCCUUCGGUGCUCCUGGAACACGUGUGGCCGAGGUGGUGUUUAACACUUCAUUGACAGGGUAUCAAGAGAUUCUGACGGAUCCUAGUUACAUGGGGCAGUUCGUGCUGAUGACAAACCCCCAUAUCGGUAACACUGGUGUGAAUCUCGACGAUGAAGAAUCUAGGCAAUGCUUUCUCGCUGGUUUGGUGAUAAGAAGUAUCAGUAUCAGUACUUCGAACUGGAGAUGCACGAAAACACUUGGUGAUUAUCUAGCUGAGAGGAACAUCAUGGGUAUUUAUGAUCUUGACACACGAGCAAUCACCCGUCGAUUAAGAGAAGAUGGUAGUCUUAUCGGCGUGUUGAGCACCGAACAGUCCAAAACAGAUGAGGAACUUUUAGAGAUGUCUCGUUCAUGGGAUAUUGUAGGCAUUGAUUUAAUAAGCGACGUUUCCUGUAAAUCACCUUAUGAAUGGGUUGACAAAACAAAACAAGAUUGGGAUUUUAACACGGAUUCUCGGGAUGGGGAAUCCUACAGGGUUAUCGCGUAUGAUUUUGGGAUCAAGCAAAACAUCUUAAGGCGACUAAAGUCUUACGGCUGUCAAAUCACCAUUGUCCCGUCUACAUGGCCAGCUUCUGAGGUGCUGAAGAUGAAACCUGACGGGAUUUUGUUCAGCAACGGCCCUGGAGACCCCUCGGCAGUGCCUUAUGCAGUGGAGACAGUGAAAGAGCUACUUGGAAAAGUUCCAGUCUUUGGAAUCUGCAUGGGUCAUCAGUUACUGGGCCAAGCUCUCGGAGGAAAGACAUUCAAGAUGAAGUUCGGCCACCAUGGUGGGAACCACCCGGUUCGUAACAACAGAACAGGGCAUGUGGAGAUCAGCUCUCAGAACCACAACUACGCAGUAGAACCGGAGACACUGCCGGAAGGAGUGGAAGUGACGCACGUGAACCUGAACGACGGGAGCUGUGCGGGACUGCGUUACCCGGCCAUGAACGUCAUGUCCCUUCAGUAUCACCCCGAGGCCUCCCCUGGCCCCCACGACUCCGAUUACGUGUUUGGUGAGUUCGUAGAGCUUAUGAAGAGAUGCAAAUGAUGACCCUUUGAUGAAGAUUACCAACAAAAAAAACAAAAGACUAUUUAUUUAUUUGACGUACGCUUUUUUUUUUUUUUGUACUACGAUCUGAGUAUACUUUUGGAUCAGUCUUACAAUGCUUGCCGCCCAGAACAAUAAAUAUGUACCUCUGAUGAUUGUGUCUUUGUUAUUUUGGGCUUUUCGA